AUGGAAAACGAAAUCACGAUCUUCGUGAUUUUUUUAGAGAGAGCCACAGUUUCUCAUUACAGCAAGUUUACCCAGCCACUGAACAUGGCGCUCACUGCCUCCACUGUAUCAUGGGCGGCUGUGGUUCCUUCUCUUGCUGUUUCUGUCGCUCGGUCUCAACGAUUAAGGACUAGUCCCUUCAUGGGAAUGGCGAAGACAACCAAACUUUCCGUCAGAAGUCAGUCCAAGCUGGUCGUCGUCAGGGCUACUGCUUCAACUGACACUUACGAUGCAGACACAGGAGCGACAGCUAACUUGAAGGAGUUUUUAAGCGAUUUGAAGAACGUCGGCAGGGUCCGGCUGAUUGUUAACACUGGAUUGGGCGUUCUUGAAUCAGUCACAACCUUAGGUGGGCUUUUUUAUCACACACUUCCAGGCAAAGGCGAGUAUGCCAAUGUCAUCAAGUCAGAGGAGAAUGUGGACUUUCACCUGCUGUUGAGCUCGGUUUCCGGUGCGAAGCUGAUCACAGGGAAGUCCAUGCGCGGUGACUUUCCCACUUACACUGUUCGGUUCUUGAAUGCGGAGAAAGAAGUCGGAGCCAGUAUUUUCGUCAUGUGGAAACCAGGCACCAUGGGUGAUUAUGACGAGGGCCAGGCUGAUGCCUACAAGGCACUUGUCAACAAAUACGGUGAGGAGGUAUCUUUUGCCUCAACGGAAUAUGAUAUUUAG